UCAGAUUUUCUUUUCAAUACAAACCCCUAAAUUCUCAACCAAAUAACAAAACAAUCCAUUUUUUCUCCCAUUAUUUCCAAAUCCUUCAUAAUGGAACUCAUUUCCCUUACCUUCAUCUCCCUCCACCGCCAAAUCUCUUCCUAGAUUCGAAUUCCUUUCCCUCUCUCCGUUUCCUUCCGUUCUCAUUCUUCGGAGCCGGAUGAGGUUUUUCCUGGAAUUCGUUUCUUGUUGCGCAUCGCCGCGUCACACGUCUGAAUCUUUAGUUCCGGCGGAGGAUGAAGGUAAGUGGCUAGUUCCGGCUCCUGUUGUUGCUGUAGCUUCCACGAGGCGUCGUAAGAGGAAGGUUGGUGCGUCGGAUUGGAGGCCUUCGUUGGGGUCGAUUUCGGAGGAUGUUAUGGCGCCGCAGAAAUGCGCGGUGGCUUCUGCUGGAAGGGAGGGGAAGAAGAAAAGUGGUGCUCGUGGUGGUGCCGGUAGGGUUUAUCACCGGAGUUACAGCGAAGGUUAUCACGGGUCAUCUUCUAUGCAUAUGAUUAUGCCAGCAUUCUCUCCAACGCCAUUCAUGUUUUAAAUUUUUGAAUUUUUAAAUGUGAUGUGUAUAUAUGCUAGUAUGGUACUAGGUACUUGUCAAAAAAAAGUAUUGUACUAGGUGAAAAUGUUGCUAAGGCGCCACCUUUGUAAUUAAAUUAAUCCUCUACCACUUUUUGUUUCUAAAUCAACAAUGUUUGCAUCCUAA